CGCCGGAGACCCUCCCGGCGCCGCGUCGGCCUCUGCCGUCCGCCCAGUCGGCCCAGAGCCGGGAGAGGCUGGACGCCGGUCUUGCCGGCAUGUUUGAGCGGCAGACGCCGGCGGCCGGGAGACGCUGGGGCAGGGGCGGGGCCUUGCGGCUCCGUCGCCGCGACGCGAGCAGAGCCGCGUCUUUCCGCCCUGCGGUGGGGACGCGGGACACGUGGUGGGAAGGCGGAGGUCGCGUUCGGCGCAGGGCCUGCCCUGGGCCCGUGACAAGGAUCUGUCAUUCUACCGAAACCUACACGCUGGGCUGGCAGUAGUUAGUUGCUACGUGGUUUGAAUGGCCUUUCCAAACGUCAACUCACAGGGUCAAUGGUUCCACAUUCACGAAUUCAGUGUUUACGGCGACUUCAUAGAACGUAACUACCGUGGACACGAGAAUCAACUGGUAUCUCCUUUCGUGAACUAGGAAGCUGAGACCUGGAGGCAUGUGCCCGAAGGCUUUCUGUGUAAGUUUAUAGCCUUGUGAGAAGACAAGACUUCACAGAAGUAACUAUGGAAAUUAAAAGAGGCAUGAAAAUUGCUGUGACAUCCUGAUGGACUAACUCCAGCCUGGCGAGAGUUAGGAAAAGCUUCACGAAAGAGCCACGUCCUGAGCUGCCCUGUGGAGAGACCCACACGGAAAGGAACUGAUGUCUCCGGCCACCAGUUACCAGGGACGGAGGCUGCCCGUGGCCACAUGAGUGAGCGUGGAAGCAGACCCUGCCCCAGUAGAGCCCCAAGAUGACAGCAGCCCCAGGUGUUGAGUGGGGCUUGGUGUUUCCGGACGCUAAUGGGGAGUACCAGUCUCCCAUUAACUUGAACUCAAGAGAAGCUCGAUACGACCCCUCGCUGCUGGAUGUCCGCCUCUCCCCGAAUUAUGUGGUCUGCCGGGACUGUGAGGUCGCCAACGAUGGGCACACCAUUCAGGUUAUCCUGAAGUCAAAAUCAGUUCUCUCCGGAGGUCCAUUGCCUCAAGGGCAUGAAUUUGAGCUGUAUGAAGUCAGAUUUCAUUGGGGAAGAGAAAACCAGCGUGGUUCUGAGCACACAGUUAAUUUCAAAGCUUUUCCCAUGGAGCUCCACCUGAUCCACUGGAACUCCACCUUGUUUGGCAGUAUUGAUGAGGCUGUGGGGAAGCCCCAUGGAAUCGCCAUCAUUGCCUUGUUUGUUCAGAUCGGAAAAGAACACGUAGGCCUGAAGACUGUAACUGAAAUCCUCCAGGAUAUUCAGUAUAAGGGGAAGUCCAAAACAAUACCCUGCUUUAAUCCUAACACUUUAUUACCAGACCCUCUGCUGCGUGAUUACUGGGUCUACGAAGGCUCUCUCACUAUUCCGCCCUGCAGUGAAGGUGUUACCUGGAUAUUAUUCCGAUACCCUCUAACGAUAUCCCAGCUACAGAUUGAAGAAUUUCGAAGGCUGAGGACACACGCAAAAGGGGCAGAGCUUGUGGAAGGCUGUGAUGGGAUUUUGGGAGACAAUUUUAGACCCACUCAGCCACUCAGUGACAGAGUCAUAAGAGCCGCGUUUCAGUAGCUGAAGAGAGCAGGAGCCGGUGCGUCUUCAUCUGGGAGGAAGACAAUGGUCCUAUAGUGCCCUUGGGUGAGAAACGGAAACUUUGAGCUGCAGCUUCGGUUUAUCCUCAAAGCCUGCGUUGUUUGUCUUCAUCUAAUCGAGCUUUGAUGGACAUCUGUGACAGUUGCCUGUACACUUGCUCUAAUGAAAUAUUAGAAAUAGCUGUAAAUUCAAAAGAAACCCCAUAUUAUGUAUCUGUAUCACUGCUGCUAGUAUUCAUAUUUUGCACAUACUGUUUAUUGCUUAUGUGUAGAAGAAAUGAAACUAGUUUUCAGAGUUAUUAAUAUGAAUAUAUAUCAUGUAUUAAUACUGAGACAGGAAAAAUACAUUUCCAGUGUUCGCAGUCCUUCAUUUCCUGUCUCCAACAGAAAAUCCACUCAUUCAGAAAAUAAUGUAAUUCUUGAUAAUAAAAUGAGAGUUUUGAUCAAGAACAGCAUACAGCUCCAAAAUGGAAUGUGAAGGAUUAGUAAAAAACAUAUCUCAUGUUACUUUGCAACCCUCAUACCACAGUUAAUGUCAGGGUGAUUUGUUAUAAAACAUGAUUUGGGAGUUAAUGUAAGAACAUAAUACUCACUUUAUAUAUUACUUUCUUAGUUAAAGGAUUUAAUUGAAUAUACGAAUCUCAUCAUACUUAUUUGACAUAUUAGAAGCUGAGGUUUCUAGGAAUUUGAGAAAGGUAUAAGAAAUAAAUAGGCUAAAGAGAAAGUGGAUACUUUAUUUUAUAGCUUUAUUUUCCAUGAUAGAAACAUAAAUUUAAUAGUAUCUUAUAAUAAUUUAGUGUUGUACAUUUUGUAGGACUUUAAAAUAUUUUAUUGAGAUCUUUGUUUUGAAGGUGAAUCAUAUACUUAUUUUAAUUAAUUUUAAGUGCUACUGGCAAAUUUAAGCAUAUGCUUAGAUGCAGUUAGAUGUGAUAGAAUGAGAUAAUUUAUGUAAAGCAGUAGAGUGCCUGGCACAAAGCAAGUACUUAAUAAAUGUUAUUAGUUGUUGUUAUAAUUGUUGUAAAACUAAUGACUUCAAUAACAUAGACACAAUUCUGAGGGAUUUUGUGAUGCAGAAUAUCUAAGUUAGAAAUAGAAAAUAAUACAGAUGGAAUAAUUAUGUGCUGAGAGAUUUUAGAUGUGUUGGAUAAAGGUAAUAAUGAAAAGCAUUAAAUGCAAAUAAAAAAAUCAUACCAAGUAUCCCUGAAAACAGAAGCUAAGAAGGUUCACGGUGGAGCCUUGGGCAGGGAGAGAAGGGACCAGAGCUGCCCCAGAGAGAGGAAGCGGAGGCGGAUGAAGGGUCAGCAUCUAACAAAGCCCUGGACCACAUGAGGGCGGUAUCAGGCAGAGCCUCUGAGAGGCAAAGGCAGUCCCAGGUUUCUCCCUUCUUUAGUUUCUUGUAUACAAAAAUGAAGAAAUGGCAAAGCAUGGCUACAAAAACUUGGCAUAUUUAAAUACAUAUCUUAUAGACUAAAACUGAUACCACGUACUUGCCAGACAUUGGCUGCAGGUGUGGCCUCAUUUGCAGUUAACAUCAAAAGACAAAAUCAAAACCCUCUCAUGAGUGAGAGGCCAAUAGGGCUGCUGGCACUCCUCUGGUAGACCCUGCGUUCAGGCCCUGGGGCUAAACAGUACAUGGGCACCCAGUGUCACUGAUCCUGAUGUGGUUGGUACUGAGCAGCUGGGGACCGUUCUUGGACUUAACUUCUGAUGCUUCCUGCAGUCUCCAAUCACUUGUCCCUGAAAAAUACAAAAUAAGAGUAACAACAAAAACUAAUUCAAAUGACUUUCAGGGUAAUAGCUUGUUGCCCAUAUUUCCCCUCCAAAAUAUCUUUUUUAAUUGAAGGAAUCAAAUCUAUUUACUGGAUAUUUUCUGAUUCAAAAGACUGAAAUGAACUACUUGCUUCAGCUUGUGGUGUUCAUCGGUGAGAUUGUGUGGAAACUUAUAUUCUUUAAUGUGCGAAACCUCUUCAUUCCACCAUUAGGUACCUCAGACUCAGAUUAGGAAUGCUGGUUGUAGUGAUGCUUUUGUGGGAAUGAAGUUGAAAGAGUAGUUUGUCAAUAACAAAAGUGUAAAUGACUGGUCAGAAAUCUAUCUAGUUUUGAUGGUGGCAUGGGAAAGAAAAGUAUGGGAUGGACCUGGAAAUUGGGGAAGAAGCCUCCCAAAGCAGAAUUGUGUAUGGGGUAGUUAACUAGAGAAAAGGGACACAUUUCACAGAUCUUGAAAUUUAAUUUAGGGUGGAUUUUGUUUACCUGAAAAAAUGGCAAACUGAGGGUUUUCUUCUCCUAUGGUUUACACAUAUAUAAGCAGCUCUUAUUCAAGUUAAUUAAUGUAGCUGAUGGUAUGUAAUGUAAUAUUGAUCUCAGAAAGUUUGUCAGUUAAGGUAAUUUGAGUCAUUUUGUUGGUCAGUCUAGCUGAAAGACUUGCUGAUUUUGUUGAUCCUUGAUCCUUUCAAAGACCCAACAUUUGAUUCUGUUGGUUUUCUCUACUGUGUUUUUAUAUAAUCUUUAUUAUUUACUUCCUUCUACUUGCUUUGGGUUUAUUUUGUGCUUUUUCCAUUAUCUUAAGGUGGAAGUUUAGGUAUUGGUUUGAGAUCUUUUUAAUAAAGGCAUUUAUAGUUAUAAAAUUUCCUCUAAGCAUUGCUUUAGCUGCAUCCUAUAAGUUUUG